AUGUGUAGUUGCACCGCUACCAUCCAUGCCUUCAGAUUGAUUCGCUGGUUUCAUACGUACUAUGCGUGUGGCGGGCUUGGCCUGUGGCUGCUGGACCGGUGCAUUCGCAUUGUGCGCCGCUGCGACCCCGUCACCAUCAGCAGCGUCACCGUCAACAAGGAGGCCGGUGUCACCGUGCUGCAGCUCGCAAAGGCAAACUUCACCUUCUAUGCUGGCCAGUACAUCUGGCUCAACGUCCCCUGCAUCUCCCACAUGGAGUGGCAUCCGUUUACGGUGAGCUCACCACCGUCUGCAGACAAGCUGACGCUGCAUGUCAAGAACAUGGGCCCCAACACGUUCACGGCCAAGCUGAUGUGGGUGACAGACACGUACCCGCUGGAGGCCAUCAAGCUGCGUGUCGACGGCCCAUACGGGCGCCCGCUCUACUUUGACGAGGUCGAGAACCUCAUUCUCGUUGCUGGCGGUAUUGGCGUCACCCCGAUGCACUCCAUCCUCAUGGAGAUUUACAACCGCGCGCGGGCUGGCAUGGACGUUGGCCGCAUCAAGACAGUGACGCUGGUGUGGGCGGUGCGACAGGCGGAGCUGCUGCACAUGUUCAACGACAUGCAGGAGGUUGCCCGCGACAACUUUGUGCAGGUCAAAUUCGACUUCUCGUUCCACAUCACGGGCGCUGCCUCGUACGCAUCGCUCGGUCCUUCCAGCCGCCCUGGCGAGCACGAGCUUGUGGACGUGGUGUCGUCGUUUGCCAAGGCGGGCCGUCCAGACCUGAUGACGGUUGGCGGCGGGUUCAGCACGGGCCGAAACACGAUGGUCAUGGUGUGUGGACCCGAGCAGAUGAUCACCGCAGCAAGCGACAUGGCGGCGUACUACGACUUUGCCUUCCACCACGAAGUGUUCACCUUCUAAAAGGCAUUCGGCGCUGUGCCUGUCUGUCUGUCUGUCUGUCUGUCUGUCUGCUUGCCUGUCUGUGUAUGUGUAUGUGUCUGUGUGACGUGUGUUCAUUGUGGCCUUGUUUGCGCGACUGCUGUGAAUCGAGAUUGCAUCUUCAUCGUGUAUCGUGCUGUUGCAACUUCGAGGGCCUCCUUACGCGGAGUUUUCUUCGUGACACCCCUUCCCACCACCUCCUCUUCAUUUCAUGCGACUGUGUCAACCUCAAACGUGCCCAUCUCUUUCUUAUUCACCAGCACAAGUGUGUAUGUGUGUGUGUGUUCUGUGUUCCUUUCUUGGUUUGUGUUUUGCGACUUAGCUUGAAGUCAACUUCCACUUGCAUCAAUCAAAUGAAAGGGUGUUUACUUGA